AUGUUUGUAACACUGAGAAAUGUUGUUGUGAGGUUUUCCUUUAAAGAUAAUUCUAAGAGUAAAAUAUCCAAGAAGUAUAUUUCCUGUUUAAAAAAAAUCUUCCUUGAUCGCUUCCCAUCUCAUCACUUCCUCCUCCUCCAUCUGCUACCGUCGGACUCACCACCUCCUUCACAAUCUCUACGCACCUCUCUAUCACGGUAUCUAUCAUCAUCGUCAUCAUCAUUGCCUCUAUCAUCUCAUCGGACUCCCUACGCUCACCGAAUUCGAAACUUGAACCUCGUCACUGCCUACACCCAUUCUGACACCCUCACCGAACCCCAAAACGAUGGCAAAUCGGAGCUCGAUCCCUCCUCUGACGAAGCUGCAUCGAACGACUUGAAUUCUCCAAAACAUAGUAGAGGAGACGCUGAUAAAGAGGAAGAAGAAUCAGUGUCAUUGCCGAAGGAAAACAACGGGAUGAGAAGUGUCACUACGCCAACUGCAACGACAUCGACGUCGAAAAACGGAACUGUGAAGAAAUCGAAGAAAGAGAAUAAAAGUGUGUUGGCAACAAAAUCAACAAGGAUAGAAGACGGAAAUUUGUGA